CCGGCCGUCCAGCAGCAGAUCCCCACAGAGCAGCCUCGACUGCCGGAUUCACAGAGCACCAACUCCCCUCCUCCAGUGUCUGUUUCCGCCGCAGCCUUUCCCCCGUUAUUUUACCCCCGGAGCGGCGGAUCUGUGCGGCCGCUGGACCCCGGCGAACCCAGGCAAGGAUGCAACACCAAUAAAAAGAAUCCUGUGGGAGUGGAAGGCAGCAACAAGACGUUGUGGGACACACCCGGGUCAACACGGAGCUGGGUGGAGGGGAGAAGACGUCAAUCGCGCCACCACAGCACAGACUUCUCACCAUGUUAGCCAUGCUUUAGCACACACAGGAAGGACUAGCUCAUCUCUGGAGAAACACCAUCUGCCUUUUAUCAAACACUCCAGAGCCACAAUUGCACGCAUCUCCCACUCAUCCGUCAUUUACUGAGCGCCGCCCUCUGCAAAGAUGCCGAUGCCAAGGUUGAUGCUAGGGCACUUGUGGUGACGGGGGCACAGAGUGUGUGCGCACAUCCGGCAGGCAGGCCGGUGGGUCGGUGGGUGUACAGGCACACCAAGAGGCUUUUUCAAGGGCGGGCGUGGUUGAACCAUGCGGCCCUGGGCGGGGUCAUGGCGUUGGAUUACCCUGGUGCUGCUGGCCUGGGGCACACUCCUCUUCUACAUCGGCGGCCACUUGGUGAGGGACAGCGACCAUCCGGAGCGGUCCAGCCGGGAGCUCUCCAAGAUCCUGGCCAAGCUAGAGCGGCUCAAGCAGCAGAAUGAAGACCUGCGGCGCAUGGCCGAAUCGCUCAGGAUACCAGAGGGUCAGGCGGAAGCCGGGUCCUUGGCCGCCGGGAGACUUCGCUCUCUGGAGGACCAGCUAACCAGAGCCAAAGAGAAGAUCCACAGCUUCCAGAAACUCACUGGCGACGGCCCCGGCCCCACUCAGGAGGAGCUGCGGAGAAGCGUGGAGAACGGCAUGAAGGAGUUCUGGUACUUUGUGCGCAGCGAGGUGAAGAAGUUGACCACCGUCGAGCCCGGCGAGAGGCAGAAGUACGCCGACACACUCCUGCAGGACCUGGGACACCAGGAGAGGUCCAUCAUGACAGACCUGUACUACCUCAGCCAGGCGGACGGAGUGGGCGAGUGGAGAGUGAAGGAAGCUAAAGACCUGUCGGAUCUGGUCCAGAACAGAAUCACCUACCUACAGUUUCCACGAGGAGCAGGCGAGGCCCACGAUAAGGACGUCCAGGUAGUGGAGCUGCCCAUCGUGGACAGCCUCCACCCUCGGCCCCCUUACCUGCCCCUGGCGAUCCCCGAGGACCUGGCCCCACGCCUGCAGCGGCUGCACGGCGACCCCUCCGUCUGGUGGGUGUCCCAGUUUGUCAAGUACCUGGUGCGCCCUCAGGCCUGGCUGGAGAAGGAGAUCCAGCAGACCACCGCCAAGCUGGGCUUCAAACAUCCCAUCAUCGGCGUCCACGUGAGGAGGACGGAUAAAGUGGGGACCGAGGCGGCCUUCCAUCCCAUAGAGGAGUACAUGCUGCAUGUGGAGGAGCAGUUCCAACAUCUGGCCCGACGCGUCCACAUCGACAAGAAACGAGUUUACCUGGCCACCGACGACCCCUCCCUGCUGCAGGAAGCUAAGACCAAGUAUCCAGAAUACGAGUUCAUCAGCGAUAACUCCAUCUCGUGGUCGGCCGGCCUCCACAACCGCUACACUGAGAACUCGCUGAGAGGCGUCAUCCUGGACAUCCACUUCCUGUCCCAGACCGACUUCCUGGUGUGCACCUUCUCCUCACAGGUUUGCCGCGUGGCCUACGAGAUCAUGCAGAUGCUGCAUCCAGACGCCUCCUCCUUCUUCUACUCCCUGGACGACAUCUACUACUUCGGAGGCCAGAACGCCCACAACCAGAUCGCCGUGUUCCCGCACCAGCCGCGCAACAGUGAGGACAUUCCCCUGGAGCCCGGCGACGUGAUCGGCGUGGCGGGGAACCACUGGGACGGCUACUCCAAAGGCAUCAACCGCAAACUGGGCCGCACUGGCCUCUACCCCUCCUACAAGGUCAAAGAGAAGAUCGAGACUGUGAAGUACCCGACGUACCCCGAGGCGGACAAACUGCUCACCUCUCAGAAGAAGUAAAAGAAGAAGAAAUGAACUAAAUUAAAAAAUAAAAUAAAAUAAAGGAGGCGAAGGAGCGAGGAGAAACACGCAGACUCCGAUUCCAGGGAAGGAGGCUGCUUUUGUACAGAGGAGAGAGAGACAUACUUAGUGCACUAAGCUGAGAAGAAAAGAAAACGCCUGUACCCAGGGGUGAUAGGAAUGAGAAUGCACUGUGUGUUUAUGCCUGAGUGCGUAUGUGAGCGAGAGUGUGUGUGAGAGCGCGUGUGUGUGUGUGUGUGUGUGUGUGUGUGUGUGUGUGUGUGUGUGUGUUCAGGCGAACGUGCGUGCACUUGUGUAAAUGCCUGUGCAUAUGUCGGGUCAUGGAAGACUUGCACCCCACCACUACUCCCCCGCCUGGCGCUCUGACGCCCGGUCUGUAGAGAUGUAGACGUGAACAUUGAUUUUAAGUAAAAAAAAUUAUAAUAAUAAAAAAAAAAAACUGUGAGAAAACAAUUAAAAAAUCCACAUGAAUGACCGAGCUCACUCUCCCGUGACGCCCCCGGGGGACGGACUGGACGACUGGCACCCGGGAGUGAGCUUCGAAUCGAUGACUGAAAAAAAAAAGAGUAAUGACAAACUGGAAGAAUCUGAUUUUUUAUUUAAUUCUUUUCACUGGUUUUGAUUCUAAUCUUUGCCUUUGUGUUUUUGUUUUGGGUUCCUCCUCUCCUGGUUUUAUUGUUUACUGAAUGUACUGUAUCCUCUUCUUGCCAUGCUCACCGCUGCCACCCCCCCCCCCCCCCUCCCCUCUCGACUCCUGCGCCACUCACUGUACUUCCUCCAUCUUGUCUCUACAUGUGCAAUUAAUUUUAUAAUACCAUACUGUGCUUUUAUUGCGUGUUUUUAACCGUCUUAAUUUUUGGUGUGUUUGUGUGUCUGUGUGUGUGUGUGGGGCUUGUGCAUUCUAAACUGUACAGUGUGUGUGUGUGAGAGACGACAAAAUGCGUGUAUGUGUGUGCCAUGUGACGACCUGGUGCCUGGUUGUGUGUGCGUGUGUGUCUGUGUGUGUGUGUUUUUUAUUCCUGGCUUAUCCUCCUGACUGAAUCGUGUUUGUGUGGCCGGCAGCGGGAGGCUGGCGGUGACAGCGGCAGGGGGGGGGGGGGGGAACUGUCCUCACUCCACUCCACCCCCUUUACCCCCUUACCCCCCCCCACCAGCACUUGGAGCAAGGGUGAUCUCCGGUCGCGGCGCUGGUGACCUCUAGUGAACAAUGGUGAGACUUUUGUGGGGACACACUCACAGGAACAGGAAGCCGUCCUGAGGCUUCACCGAAAGCACUCCACUGAGAGACUGUCUCUUCUGUCCAUCUCUCUGUUUGUCCUUUUUUUUUUUUUUUU